AUGAAUACACCGGCACAAACCAACAGUAACCGCAAGAUGAACCAACCGGCAGACAUAAAAUAUCAAUUUACGAAAACCAAAAUUUGCAGACACUUCCUAGAAAACAGAUGUAUGAAUAAAGAAAACUGCAACUAUGCUCAUGUGCUGGAAGAAUUAAGACCUCUACCCAACUUAGAAAAUACCAAAUUGUGCAAAAGCGUUAAGAAAAAAAUCCCCUGCUAUAACCCGAACUGUAAAUAUGCCCAUAGAAUUGAGAAGUUGCAACCCAGUACUGACCUGGCCACGUACAAAACUACUCUGUGUUAUUUCUGGAAAAAGAAAAAAUGUAUGAAUCAGGAUAAGUGCAGAUUUGCUCAUGAGACACCAUAUAACAAACGAACGAAUCAGACACACAGCUACCUAUUGGAAGAAGAAAGGGUUCCAGAUAUCCUGUCCAGCAUACAUCUAUUCGAGAGCAACCCAGUGAUGGAAAAUGGUUUAUUCCAGCUGAAUGAUAACUUUUUAAAUAUAUGUAACAGAUUGAACUUCGACAUGGACGAGCUUUAUGCCCCCCCAGGAUACACUUAUUCUAGAGAACACGAGCAGAAGGAGUCGGAAGAGAACAACAUUUGGGAAGACUCCAUUGUAGAUAUGAAUUUUCUGAACUUGGAUUACCUUAACGAUGAGGAAGAAGUUGCAAAAUAUGAAUUAUUUCGGGGCAGUAGCCUUGACGUGAAUCUGGAGAACAUCCAAGCCUUAAGUGUGCGAGUAAAUCAGGACGCACACAUGAGUAUGAGUAGAAAUUAUGACGCAAAUAUGUGGA